UUCUAAAAUUUUUGUAAAUAAGUGAUUUUUCUCCUUUCACUGAUGUGCGCUAAUGAGGCUGCAGUGAUGGCCACUGAUAGGCUGCACUGAUGAACACUGAUAGGUGGCACUGAUUGACAGCACUGUUAGGUGGCGCUGAUUGGCAUUGAUAGGGGGCACUGACUGGCACUGAUGGGUGACACUGAAAGGCAGCUCAGAUGGGCACUGAUAUGUGGCAUUGAUGUGCACUGGUAUGCACUGAUAUGUGGCACUGAUGGGCACUGGCAUGUGGCACUGAUGGACACUGACAGGUGGCACUGCUGGGGCUACACUGAUCAUCAGUGCCCUGAUGUUCAGUGU